AUGUUCACGGCGCAGCCUGGGAACGAGUCGGAUCACGUGACAGCCCCGGGCGUACAAGAUGGCGGUGGGCGUCAGGAUUCAAGUCCGAUCGAAAAAGGCGUAAAAGAGCGGCUGAUCGGGGGUGGAACUGUGGUGUUGGAGCGCCGAGAGAUCGCUGUUGGCACCGAGGCGAGCAUGGCUGUUCGGCGGGGGCCUGUGAUGUUGAUGCCGCCGGUGACAGUGACAAACGCCCUGGUGAUGUUCGCUCUGCUGGGAGCAACAGUUGAGCUGGCUUCAGGUCUAUCCUGUGUUCCUAAGCGGAACUUUCGCUCGCCGUACGUGACCCCGCUCUACCAGCAGCUCACGGUGUCCUCGGGCUGCGAGAGCCGUGCCACCGUCGGGCACGACCACGAGGUCUACGUGGUGAACCUCCUGAGCGGCAGCCCGGCGUACCUCGCGGUGGCGAGCACGGAGGUGGCCCUGCACAUCUCGGCACGAAUGAACAGGAUCCUCACGGGCCUGACCGAGAAGCCGCUGAUGUUUGUCCUCAACUCACACCAACCCAUCGUGUGGAAGAUCAAAGUGGACGGACUAGCACCAAACAGACAGGCCUUUUUUCAUGUGACCCUGGGUUCCAGUGUCACAGUCGAGGGAGAGAUGAUCGUAGCGGUGAACACGGAAGGUUCCAUGCCGCUGCAGGGGGAGGCUCUGCUGGCGUGGACACGGCGCAUGUACCAUGGGAUCACGUCCUUUACUGAACUGGAGCACGCUAACGACAUCUACAUCAAAGUCGGAGAAGACAUGCUGUCCCCUCCUCGCUGUAACAUCACCAGAAAUUUCCUCAGUCCAAAUUCCUACUCAGCAUAUCUCCAGCCACAGCCGGCACACGGGUGCUUCGCCAUGGCAACAGCCAAUCAGGAACAAGAAGUCCAUGUCAUUGAGGUCCACUCUGCGAACAAGAACCCGUUUGCGAAAAUCCUGAGCAGUAUCGUGGUGGACGUCCAACCACGGGACAAGGAGAAGAUGGAACAGAACAUUGUGCUGGUACUGAAGUCACAUACCAAGGGAGUCAAGUGGAGAAUCAUGUCCCAGAACAUCAAGGGAUCCCUGCACGUUCUGGCUAACACAUUGGUAGACGUGUCGGAGGCAGGCAUGGCACCGGUAACUUCCCAGACAGUGAAGAUCUCGGCUCACGGACAGGACCUUAUAAGAUGGGUGGAGGAGGACAAGGGGUACCAACGUAUCCAGUCUUACACCGAAGUACAACUCUCCAACAGACUACAGCUACAGCUGGGCAGCCCAGAAGCCAGUCGCAUGGUAGAGCAGGGCCUGGUGGGAGGCAGGACGUUGGAUGGUUCAGCGCCGGUGAGCCGUCCCCCCCUCCCCAUGUCUCCUGAGGAGCUGGAGUCUGCCUUGUACGCCGCCAUGUCUGUCCGCUGUCGGGAGAGGGACAUGGAGGUCGCACUCGCCAAGGCUGUGCUACAGCCGUACGGUAUCACAGCAGGGCAGCUGAGUCUACAGGACGCUGACUGCACGGCUGGUGCCAACAUCACGCACUUCAUCCUGUCCACCACGCUGGAGGGCUGCGCUACGUCACGACACAUGCACACCAAGUCUGCCACAUUCUUCAACACGGUGGUGUUGUCAGGCAUGGUAGAGGUACAACAGGAGGGAAGUGGAGAUUUUGGCUCAGCCGAUGGUCCUGAUGCUGAGGACAUGGAGGUAGAGGUCCCGUCUGUCACAGCAAACUUCGAGUGUGACUACCCAGCAGUCGGUCUGACAGAGGACAACAUGGAUAGUUCCAUUCUGGAGGCUGUACCUACAGCAGGCAGCGAUGACCCCGUGUCCUUCCACAUGGAGAUUUACAAGACGUCCCUCUACAUGAGACCUGAGGCAGAGUUCCCUAUGGUGAAGGAGACUGAUGAGAGAAUAUUCGUCGACAUUCAAGUCGCUACAGAUGAAGGCCUGGCACUGAAGGUGGAACACUGCUACAUGUCUGACUCCUCUCUACAAGACAGUCCACCUCUCUACAACCUCAUAGAAGACGGAUGCCCAGUGACCAGUAACAGUGUGCAGUACCUGGCCAUCACACCGCUGGACACAGACAGCAUGUCCAGCCAGAAGAAACAGCGCUUCAGCUUCCUCCCCAAGAACACCGUCAUGCCGUUUGUGUUCCUGCACUGUCAGCUGACGGUGUGCAGCGAGGGGGACAGCUCUGUACCUGACGACAUUGAACAGUGUGUGGACCUGAAUGACUUCUGCCUGAGGAAGCAAGCAUCAGGCCAGCACAGGGCAGCGAAGAGCAGCGUGUACUCACAGCACCGCUUUGUGGGGCCGUUUAUCAUCAGUGGGAGUGUGGGCACUGAGGAGCCAGAUCACAAAGGAAAAGCAGAGGAAUCAAAAAUCAACUCCAGACAAGAGGGUCCUCAGAUUGUGAUCCAAGGCCUGGAGGCAGGGACUGUCGUGGGCAUUGCUUUUGCCGCUUUCGUUAUCGGCAUAGCCCUGACAGCAACGCUCUGGUACAUUCACACGCACACAGGUCCCAAAAGACAGAAAAGCGACCCCAACAGCUCCCCCGUACCCCCCAGACAUCCCAUCCCACACCGACCGCUGCCAAACAGGUUACCAGUGUACGACUGUAACAGUUACCACACACAGAACGGCAGAAAACCCGAGCCGGGUUCCACGUCAGUCUAACACACACUCAGCUGGGGUGCAAUCCACUGUCGCCAAAAAAUCAGAGAUUAUAUAAGGCAACAAGCAACAAACAGUCACUCAAGCAACUGAAUAUAAUUUUAGAAAAGUCAGACGUUUCAGC